GCAUAUACAUAGUUGGUUAAUGUUCUGAAAUCUCUACUUUUAUGCAUUUGAAACAAUGUUCACUUUUAUCAUUUUUUAAACCCUAUAUGACUCUCCCAAAUGCUCCAUAUCGCAACGCAGGCGCAGAAAACUUAAAAAUACCAUUAUGAGAGAAAUGUGAGUGGCGGAAGAGAGUAGAGCGUUAAGAUACACAUUAUAGUGGAUCAUUUGGAGAAAACAGAACCUGCAAGCAUAUUUGUAAGUUUGUAGGCCACCAAUAAUAACUCUUGGCUAGAGCGAAGGUACGUGCUCCCAGCUAUAUAUGUAUGUACAUUUGUAGCUGAUCUAUGAAGCUUAUCCAAACAGUUGUUGCGCUUUGUGUGUACUUGCCACCAGUCAAACUACACUCGCCAAAGCAGUUUUAUUUAGUAGACGCACUACGACGGAUCGUUUUUUUUUUUUAGAUGUGAUUAACGUUGAUUGUGCAAGGGUUGGAUUUAAUUGAAAACACAAUUACAUAAACUAACGAUAAAUAGCACUCGGAAAAAAUUAAAGAACAAAUGGUUGGUUCAUGCUAAUAUAUUGAAGAUAAGAUUCUAUAGCUUUGAACUCAACAUUGCGUGCACAAUUUUACUGGCGAAGCAGCGUCGAUUCUUUAAUUGAACUCUUUUAACUCGAAUCAACAAAUUUAAUGCGCCGCGGCAUUGCAGCAACCGCCGCCACCGACACUAUUAUCAUUGCCAUUAUUAGGACUAUCAUUAUUGGGAUUAGAAAUUAUCAUUUGAAGUGGCAAAUGGCUCAAUGUUAUUGAGAAAGGAAGUAUAAGCAAAGCCAUCGACAUAUACAUACAUAUAAACAUUAUUGACUACCUCAAUUUUACUAUUUACGAGAUCCACCAAAAAGUAAAUAAAACAAAUAGUGAACAAUGACACGCUUGUUCAAACACAAAGUUUUGCUCAAUUGCUGCAAUCUUCUUUUUUUGCUCUGUGGAAUGACGCUCAUCGUUUCCGGUUUCUAUUUGUUCACCGAUUCCAAGCGCAUCCUACUUUCCCGCUUGUUGGCUGCCACUAGUGAGAAACUCAACAACUUACCUCAGCCCUUGUUCUACUACAUCUCGGUUGGUCUGACUGUGGCCGGCUUGGUGGCAGUGCUCGCCGCUAUAACCGGCUUUUGGGCGUCCUGUCUACACACUUACUGUUGUCUCAGUUUAUAUUUCCUCGCUGUGGUCGUCUUGCUCUUAGCCGAGUCAAUGGUCUGCCUGGCCAUCACUUUGUGGCCCCACUGCCUGGGCAUCAGCUUGGAUGAGUCUAAAAUGGUAAAGACCCUGCAGGGCAACUAUGGUGUUCCCGGUAAAGAACAGUUCACCAUUGCCAUGGACUUGGCACAAGCACGUUUCGGUUGCUGCGGAAUGAAUAGCGACAUCAAUUAUGAUACCUCUCUCUGGAAGUUGCAACGAUAUGGUCAACGUGAGUGGGUAGUACCACUCACCUGUUGCAUCUUGACAAAUGCCAAUGAGAAGAUGUCCUACUUGGAUCCAAAGCCAGUGAAUGAAUCACAGUGUCAAAUGUUACAGAAAUCUGAUUUUGUCGAACAUCGCCAUACAGCGCCUUGCCUCACUUAUUUGGACAACUGGUAUCGCGAGCAAUAUGUGCUGUUUUUGUGCGCCAGUCUUAUUGUUGCCAUUGUGGAAUUUUGUGUAUUGCUAUCCAUAAUUGUGAAUUGCACAAAAAUAGGUAGCAAACAUUUUAUGGUAGAGAAAUCAGCAGAGUUGCGAAAUGUGCGCGAUAAAAGGCGCCAAACCUUGGUGGAGAAUAUUUACAAGAAGGAUAUGGAGUUGCGGACGGUAAAUGCCACUUUCGGAGGCAAUGAGGAUAGCAUAUUUUCUGAAGAUUUAAAAGAGAUAUAUAUUCAACCACGUAAUCUGUACAAACAACGGCACAGCACCACCUUCAAACCAAUUGCCAGUGACUGCAGUUCCCCGAAACGAAGUUACUUAAUAUAGGAAACAACCGCAAACAUUUGUCUGUUCAUCCGCUAUGCCUCCCGGCACUGUGUGUGAGGCUGCAAUAUUUAUAAAUUAAAAUCUCUCGUACUUUGUAUAGUUGUUUUUUUACUACUCGUACCGUGAACAAUAAAAUAAUACCAAAGUGUAUACAAGUACACAUACA